UUGACCCGUGCUAUAACUACAAAAGUCUUGAUAAUGAAUGGAGAAACACACGCAGUUACUGGAGUAUACAACAUGAUGACACCAUUGCUGAAUGGGACGGCUGGUAUCGACUCUUUAUUAAUGGGAUGAGUGCUGAGAUGCCUGAGUGGUGUCUGAAUGAUAUGACAUGUGGUGGUUACAGCCCUCUAUGGCUUGGUGGCUCUCAUCCACAUCUAGAAGACGGAGUUGUUACUCUUGAAGUCUACGGCAGCUCUCGAAACCAGCAGUGCAGUUCCUACAGAUCCAGUCCAAUCCAAGUCAAAGCGUGUCCUGGCGAUUAUUAUGUCUAUGAACUUUCCAAACCAAAUGUGGCAAUCCCAGCCCCUGUAUAUUGUGCAGUUGCUUUCACUAGUCCAAGUGUCGACCCCUGUGACAGCUAUACCAGUCUGGACGAGUCUUGGAGAUCCCCCAGCUAUACUUACUACUCCUAUCAUUAUUAUUAUUACUAUUCAAUGUGUGAUUAUAAUGUCAACUGGAAUGGCUGGUACAGACUCUUCUCUCAGGGUCAGAGUGCUCAGAUGCCUGAGUCAUGUGUAACUUCUGGCUCGUGUGGCACUUCUCAUCCAUUGUGGCUCAAUGGCACUCACCCACAGCUGGAAGAUGGAGUGGUCACUCGACAAGUCUGUGCUUCUUCUUGGAGUGACUGUUGCGGUUACAGGUCCCAUCCCAUACAAGUGAAAGCCUGUCCAGGGAAUUACUAUGUCUAUGAGUUUGUCAGUCCAACAUUUUGUUCAGCGUACUGUGCAGAGGUUAGAAGCCUAGACCCCUCAACAACAACAACAGAGACAACAACAAUCACAGAGUCCACUUCAUCUCUGCCCAUCACAACCACUGCUACUUUGGACAGCCUCAUUUAUGAUCCUUGUGACAACUUUACAUCUCUGGACCGUCCCUGGAGAGCCACAAAUGAAAGUGGAUUGUAUAUUUGUGAUGAAAAUUUCUCCUGGGAUGGAUGGUACCGACUUUUCUACAAUGGGAUGAACAUCCGUAUGCCAGAAAACUGUGUUGAUUCAUACAGCUGUAACGCUUACGUGAGUCUGUGGCUCAGUGGUGGUCACCCUCAGAUAGAAGAUGGAGUGGUAUCCCGGCAAGUUUUGGGGAGUGCUUGGGGCUACUGCUAUUAUUACACGUCCUCCUCCAUUCGAGUCAAAGCCUGCCCAGGCUGUUACUAUGUCUACGAAUUUGUAAAACCACAACAUUCGUGUUCAGCGUACUGCACAGAUAUCAGCACUCUGUCCCAGACAGAUUCCUCAACAAAUCCAGCCAUGGUGACCAAAUUCAGCAUGCCCUUGUCUACUAUCGGCACCAAUUUUGACCCGUGCUAUAACUACAAAAGUCUUGAUAAUGAAUGGAGAAACACACGCAGUUACUGGAGUAUACAACAUGAUGACACCAUUGCUGAAUGGGACGGCUGGUAUCGACUCUUUAUUAAUGGGAUGAGUGCUGAGAUGCCUGAGUGGUGUCUGAAUGAUAUGACAUGUGGUGGUUACAGCCCUCUAUGGCUUGGUGGCUCUCAUCCACAUCUAGAAGACGGAGUUGUUACUCUUGAAGUCUACGGCAGCUCUCGAAACCAGCAGUGCAGUUCCUACAGAUCCAGUCCAAUCCAAGUCAAAGCGUGUCCUGGCGAUUAUUAUGUCUAUGAACUUUCCAAACCAAAUGUGGCAAUCCCAGCCCCUGUAUAUUGUGCAGUUGCUUUCACUAGUCCAAGUGUCGACCCCUGUGACAGCUAUACCAGUCUGGACGAGUCUUGGAGAUCCCCCAGCUAUACUUACUACUCCUAUCAUUAUUAUUAUUACUAUUCAAUGUGUGAUUAUAAUGUCAACUGGAAUGGCUGGUACAGACUCUUCUCUCAGGGUCAGAGUGCUCAGAUGCCUGAGUCAUGUGUAACUUCUGGCUCGUGUGGCACUUCUCAUCCAUUGUGGCUCAAUGGCACUCACCCACAGCUGGAAGAUGGAGUGGUCACUCGACAAGUCUGUGCUUCUUCUUGGGGUGACUGUUGCGGUCACAGGUCCCAUCCCAUACAAGUGAAAGCCUGUCCAGGGAAUUACUAUGUCUAUGAGUUUGUCAGUCCAACAUUCUGUUCAGCGUACUGUGCAGAGGUUAGAAGCCUAGACCCCUCAACAACAACAACAGAGACAACAACAAUCACAGAGUCCACUUCAUCUCUGCCCAUCACAACCACUGCUACUUUGGACAGCCUCAUUUAUGAUCCUUGUGACAACUUUACAUCUCUGGACCGUCCCUGGAGAGCCACAAAUGAAAGUGGAUUGUAUAUUUGUGAUGAAAAUUUCUCCUGGGAUGGAUGGUACCGACUUUUCUACAAUGGGAUGAACAUCCGUAUGCCAGAAAACUGUGUUGAUUCAUACAGCUGUAACGCUUACGUGAGUCUGUGGCUCAGUGGUGGUCACCCUCAGAUAGAAGAUGGAGUGGUAUCCCGGCAAGUUUUGGGGAGUGCUUGGGGCUACUGCUAUUAUUACACGUCCUCCUCCAUUCGAGUCAAAGCCUGCCCAGGCGGUUACUAUGUCUACGAAUUUGUAAAACUGCAACAUUCGUGUUCAGCGUACUGCACAGAUAUCAGCACUCUGUCCCAGACAGAUUCCUCAACAAAUCCAGCCAUGGUGACCAAAUUCAGCAUGCCCUUGUCUACUAUCGGCACCAAUUUUGACCCGUGCUAUAACUACAAAAGUCUUGAUAAUGAAUGGAGAAACACACGCAGUUACUGGAGUAUACAACAUGAUGACACCAUUGCUGAAUGGGACGGCUGGUAUCGACUCUUUAUUAAUGGGAUGAGUGCUGAGAUGCCUGAGUGGUGUCUGAAUGAUAUGACAUGUGGUGGUUACAGCCCUCUAUGGCUUGGUGGCUCUCAUCCACAUCUAGAAGACGGAGUUGUUACUCUUGAAGUCUACGGCAGCUCUCGAAACCAGCAGUGCAGUUCCUACAGAUCCAGUCCAAUCCAAGUCAAAGCGUGUCCUGGCGAUUAUUAUGUCUAUGAACUUUCCAAACCAAAUGUGGCAAUCCCAGCCCCUGUAUAUUGUGCAGUUGCUUUCACUAGUCCAAGUGUCGACCCCUGUGACAGCUAUACCAGUCUGGACGAGUCUUGGAGAUCCCCCAGCUAUACUUACUACUCCUAUCAUUAUUAUUAUUACUAUUCAAUGUGUGAUUAUAAUGUCAACUGGAAUGGCUGGUACAGACUCUUCUCUCAGGGUCAGAGUGCUCAGAUGCCUGAGUCAUGUGUAACUUCUGGCUCGUGUGGCACUUCUCAUCCAUUGUGGCUCAAUGGCACUCACCCACAGCUGGAAGAUGGAGUGGUCACUCGACAAGUCUGUGCUUCUUCUUGGGGUGACUGUUGCGGUCACAGGUCCCAUCCCAUACAAGUGAAAGCCUGUCCAGGGAAUUACUAUGUCUAUGAGUUUGUCAGUCCAACAUUCUGUUCAGCGUACUGUGCAGAGGUUAGAAGCCUAGACCCCUCAACAACAACAACAGAGACAACAACAAUCACAGAGUCCACUUCAUCUCUGCCCAUCACAACCACUGCUACUUUGGACAGCCUCAUUUAUGAUCCUUGUGACAACUUUACAUCUCUGGACCGUCCCUGGAGAGCCACAAAUGAAAGUGGAUUGUAUAUUUGUGAUGAAAAUUUCUCCUGGGAUGGAUGGUACCGACUUUUCUACAAUGGGAUGAACAUCCGUAUGCCAGAAAACUGUGUUGAUUCAUACAGCUGUAACGCUUACGUGAGUCUGUGGCUCAGUGGUGGUCACCCUCAGAUAGAAGAUGGAGUGGUAUCCCGGCAAGUUUUGGGGAGUGCUUGGGGCUACUGCUAUUAUUACACGUCCUCCUCCAUUCGAGUCAAAGCCUGCCCAGGCGGUUACUAUGUCUACGAAUUUGUAAAACUGCAACAUUCGUGUUCAGCGUACUGCACAGAUAUCAGCACUCUGUCCCAGACAGAUUCCUCAACAAAUCCAGCCAUGGUGACCAAAUUCAGCAUGCCCUUGUCUACUAUCGGCACCAAUUUUGACCCGUGCUAUAACUACAAAAGUCUUGAUAAUGAAUGGAGAAACACACGCAGUUACUGGAGUAUACAACAUGAUGACACCAUUGCUGAAUGGGACGGCUGGUAUCGACUCUUUAUUAAUGGGAUGAGUGCUGAGAUGCCUGAGUGGUGUCUGAAUGAUAUGACAUGUGGUGGUUACAGCCCUCUAUGGCUUGGUGGCUCUCAUCCACAUCUAGAAGACGGAGUUGUUACUCUUGAAGUCUACGGCAGCUCUCGAAACCAGCAGUGCAGUUCCUACAGAUCCAGUCCAAUCCAAGUCAAAGCGUGUCCUGGCGAUUAUUAUGUCUAUGAACUUUCCAAACCAAAUGUGGCAAUCCCAGCCCCUGUAUAUUGUGCAGUUGCUUUCACUAGUCCAAGUGUCGACCCCUGUGACAGCUAUACCAGUCUGGACGAGUCUUGGAGAUCCCCCAGCUAUACUUACUACUCCUAUCAUUAUUAUUAUUACUAUUCAAUGUGUGAUUAUAAUGUCAACUGGAAUGGCUGGUACAGACUCUUCUCUCAGGGUCAGAGUGCUCAGAUGCCUGAGUCAUGUGUAACUUCUGGCUCGUGUGGCACUUCUCAUCCAUUGUGGCUCAAUGGCACUCACCCACAGCUGGAAGAUGGAGUGGUCACUCGACAAGUCUGUGCUUCUUCUUGGGGUGACUGUUGCGGUCACAGGUCCCAUCCCAUACAAGUGAAAGCCUGUCCAGGGAAUUACUAUGUCUAUGAGUUUGUCAGUCCAACAUUCUGUUCAGCGUACUGUGCAGAGGUUAGAAGCCUAGACCCCUCAACAACAACAACAGAGACAACAACAAUCACAGAGUCCACUUCAUCUCUGCCCAUCACAACCACUGCUACUUUGGACAGCCUCAUUUAUGAUCCUUGUGACAACUUUACAUCUCUGGACCGUCCCUGGAGAGCCACAAAUGAAAGUGGAUUGUAUAUUUGUGAUGAAAAUUUCUCCUGGGAUGGAUGGUACCGACUUUUCUACAAUGGGAUGAACAUCCGUAUGCCAGAAAACUGUGUUGAUUCAUACAGCUGUAACGCUUACGUGAGUCUGUGGCUCAGUGGUGGUCACCCUCAGAUAGAAGAUGGAGUGGUAUCCCGGCAAGUUUUGGGGAGUGCUUGGGGCUACUGCUAUUAUUACACGUCCUCCUCCAUUCGAGUCAAAGCCUGCCCAGGCGGUUACUAUGUCUACGAAUUUGUAAAACCACAACAUUCGUGUUCAGCGUACUGCUCAGAUAUCAGCACUCUGUCCCAGACAGAUUCCUCAACAAAUCCAGCCAUGGUGACCAAAUUCAGCAUGCCCUUGUCUACUAUCGGCACCAAUUUUGACCCGUGCUAUAACUACAAAAGUCUUGAUAAUGAAUGGAGAAACACACGCAGUUACUGGAGUAUACAACAUGAUGACACCAUUGCUGAAUGGGACGGCUGGUAUCGACUCUUUAUUAAUGGGAUGAGUGCUGAGAUGCCUGAGUGGUGUCUGAAUGAUAUGACAUGUGGUGGUUACAGCCCUCUAUGGCUUGGUGGCUCUCAUCCACAUCUAGAAGACGGAGUUGUUACUCUUGAAGUCUACGGCAGCUCUCGAAACCAGCAGUGCAGUUCCUACAGAUCCAGUCCAAUCCAAGUCAAAGCGUGUCCUGGCGAUUAUUAUGUCUAUGAACUUUCCAAACCAAAUGUGGCAAUCCCAGCCCCUGUAUAUUGUGCAGUUGCUUUCACUAGUCCAAGUGUCGACCCCUGUGACAGCUAUUCCAGUCUGGAUGAGUCUUGGAGAUCCCCCAGCUAUACUUACUACUCCUAUGAUUAUUAUUAUUACUAUUCAAUGUGUGAUUAUAAUGUCAACUGGAAUGGCUGGUACAGACUCUUCUCUCAGGGUCAGAGUGCUCAGAUGCCUGAGUCAUGUGUAACUUCUGGCUCGUGUGGCACUUCUCAUCCAUUGUGGCUCAAUGGCACUCACCCACAGCUGGAAGAUGGAGUGGUCACUCGACAAGUCUGUGCUUCUUCUUGGGGUGACUGUUGUGGUUACAGGUCCCAUCCCAUACAAAUGAAAGCCUGUCCAGGGAAUUACUAUGUCUAUGAGUUUGUCAGUCCAACAUUCUGUUCAGCGUACUGUGCAGAGGUUAGAAGCCUAGACCCCUCAACAACAACAACAACAGAGACAACAACAAUCACAGAGUCCACUUCAUCUCUGCCCAUCACAACCACUGCCAUAACAGACCCAUGUGCUGAGCUCAAUUGCACUGAUGACGAAUGGUGUGGGGAGAAAGAUGGAUUCUAUGGCUGUUUAUGUAACAAGAACCAUCCCCGACCAGACCCUGACUAUUAUGAUUCCUUUGAAAUUUGUGAGAGCAGUUCUGGUUUCCUCUCUCUGUCCCGUUGUCAGCUUUUUGAGGAUGGUAUUCCUGCUGAAAAUCUACACCUCAGUGAUGCUAACUGCAAAGGAACUGUCCAGAAUGGCAGAGUGGAGUUCCAUUUUGAUAGCAAAGACCACCUCUGUGGUACAAAUCUUGUGGCUAAUGGCACACACUUUAUCUAUGAGAAUGUUAUUUUGGGUGAGGUGGAAUCAACUCAACUCAUCAGCAGGAAGAGACAUCUGAAGUUGCCUUUCUCCUGUAUAUAUUCUCAAAGCCAAACAUUUUCCAUGAAUGUGCACAUCAAUCCUCUGGAAAGCGUUUUGCACAGGACGCUUCCUGCUGGUCAAGGCAUAUAUAAGGUCAGGAUGGUUCCAUAUCAGGAUCCUGAGUUUUCCCAACCCUUCACUGGUAGUGUGAAUGUGGAGGUGAAUCAGCUGAUUUUUGUGGAAGUUCUCGUGGAUGGGAUUGAUGGCCAACAGUUUGCAAUGUUGAUUGACGCAUGUUGGGCAACACCUGUGAAUGACCCUCAUUAUCAUGUCCGCUGGGACCUCAUUGUUGGAGAGUGCCCCAAUCCAAAAGAUGGCACAGUGGAUCUGCUGCAGAAUGGUGUGUCCACUUCAGGUCGUUUCUCCUUCAGAAUGUUUGCAUUCACUGCAGACUCAUAUAAGAUUUUCCUGCAUUGUUCUGUUCACCUUUGCCUUCUGAAAAACAAUGACUGCCUAGCGCACUGUAACCCAGGUCACCAGAGGAGAAUACCCAGGUCUGUAGAUUUCCAUGACACAGCUUCCAUAACUAUGGGUCCUCUGAUCUGGUCUGAUGGGAAAACUGAUACAUGGGUCACAGACCAAGUGAGGGCAUCCAGGACCUCAGUUCUGUGUGGUUCUUUGAUGGCUUUGCUUGUUUCUCUCUUGACUGUCCAGACCUUGUUUUAAUAUUUUCCUACAAAUAGUAGGAAACAUUUUAGAUAGAUCUGGUUGAAUUAUACACUGUACAUAUAUCAUAACUUAGUGUGUUGACCUUAGCUUGUUUACUUACAAACAAAACCUCAUUAUCUGAAAUAUUACUUGACAUUUUUAAACUGUGAUUAUUAUUAUUAUUUGUUUAUUGAUUAAUUAUUUGCUGAAUGUGACAUUCUUGAUUAUUCUUGAUUAUUAGGUUUUAUAGCUAAAAAAAUUAAAUAAAAAAGGUUUAUUUUGAAAGUUAAAAUAUUAACUGACCUGUGCUAAUGUUUUGCUAUUG